AUGCAGCUCACCCAACCCACAACGGCAGCCAAGCUGCUGUUGCUCUGGGCGUUCGUCAGCGAGCUGUGCUCGGCGGCACCGCACUACGACAGCCCGCGCGAGCGCCUCCGACGGGGCAUGGACAUCCCCGCGAGUUACCGCAAGAAGAGCACCGGCAACCCUUACAGGCCGGGCUUCAAGGAUCCCAAUGACGGCGCCGUCGACUCCAUCGGCGAGGGCCUGGACCCGCUGCCCUUCCGCAACGGACUCGGCGCAUCCGUCUUAGGGCCCUGGAACAGCGAGCGCUCGCGCCAGAACCCGGACCUCGUGCGCCCGCCGUCGACGGAUAAGGGGAACAUGCCCAACAUGCGCUGGAGUUUUGCGGACUCACACAUUCGAAUUGAGGAAGGUGGAUGGACUCGUCAAACGACCGUCCGCGAACUGUCCACCAGCGUCGAGCUGGCUGGUGUCAACAUGCGUCUUGGCGAGGGUGUCAUUCGCGAACUCCACUGGCACAAGGAAGCCGAGUGGGCGUACGUGUUGGAUGGCGAGGUCCGCGUGACGGCGCUUGACUAUGAGGGCGGCAACUUCAUGGACGACUUGAAGAAGGGAGACCUCUGGUAUUUCCCCUCCGGUGUGCCUCACUCGUUGCAGGGCCUGAGUCCCAAUGGCACCGAGUUUCUCCUCAUAUUUGACGAUGGCCGGUUCUCCGAGGAGUCGACCUUUAUUCUUUCCGACUGGCUUGCCCACACCCCCAAGUCCGUCAUCGCCGAAAACUUCCACCUCGAGCCCGAGGUCUUCAAGCACCUCCCCGAGAGUGAAAAGUACAUCUUCCAGGGCACCCUGCCGGGCCCUAUCGACGAGGAGCGUCCCACGGGAAAGCAUGCCAAGAAGUCACGCUUCAACUUUACACACCGCAUGCUCGACCAGGAACCGGAGCAGACAUCAGGAGGCGAAGUGCGCAUCACCGACUCCAAGAACUUCCCCAUCUCCAAGACCGUCGCCGCCGCCCACCUCACCAUCCAGCCUGGCGCGCUGCGCGAGAUGCACUGGCACCCCAACGCCGACGAGUGGUCCUUUUUCAUCAAGGGCCGGGCGCGCAUCACCAUUUUUGCGGCCGAGGGCACCGCGCGCACAUUCGAUUAUGUCCCUGGCGAUGUCGGCAUCGUGCCCAAGAACAUGGGGCACUUUGUUGAGAACAUUGGCGAUGAGCCUAUCGAGAUGUUGGAAAUUUUUAGGGCCGACGAGUUCCGCGACUUCUCUCUCUUCCAGUGGAUGGGCGAGACGCCUAAGAAGCUUGUGAUUGAUCACUUGUUCAAGGAUGACAAGGAGAAUGGCGAGAAGUUCUGGAACGAGGUCAAGGAAGCGCAAAAGGAUCCCGUCACCAAGUUCCAAAAGACCAAGUCCAGUUCUGAUGACGCUCAGAAGGUCGAGGAGUUGUAA